GGAAGCUUGCAGCAGUGUUGCUGUCGCAGCAGCUCAGCUGAUGUUGUUUCCUAAAACAUCAGAAGCAGUCAGAGAAUCUCGUAGCCGACAUUAGCAGACUCUGUCCAGCUGAUUUAGGUUUGUUUGUGCUGUUUUGUUGUUUCCUCUGUCUGUCGCCAUCAUGAAUGUGACGCUCGCGGUGAAGCAGUACAUCUCCAAGAUGAUCGAGAGCAGCGGGCCGGGGAUGAAGGUGCUGCUCAUGGAUAAAGAGACGACCAGCAUAGUGAGUGUGGUGUACACCCAGUCAGAGAUCCUGCAGAAGGAGGUCUACCUCUUUGAGCGGAUCGACUCUCAGAACAGAGACAACAUGAAGCACCUUAAGGCCAUCUGCUUCCUCAGACCCACCAAGGAGAACGUGGAACAUUUGAUCCAGGAGCUGAGAAGACCAAAAUACAGUGUCUACUUUAUCUACUUCAGUAACGUGAUCAGUAAGAGUGAAAUCAAAGCUCUGGCAGAGGCUGAUGAACAGGAAGUGGUGGCUGAAGUCCAGGAGUUUUAUGGAGACUUUAUUGCUGUGAAUCCUCAUCUGUUUUCCCUCAACCUGCAGGGUGUGGCCAGGGGGCGGAGCUGGGAGCCCUCCAUGUUGUCUCGCUGCACUCAGGGUCUGACGUCCGUCCUGCUCGCUCUAAAGAAAUGCCCCAUGAUUCGCUACCAGCUGUCCUCUGACAUGUCCAAACGUCUGGCAGAAAGUGUCAAGCAAAUCAUCACAAAGGAGUAUGAGCUGUUUGACUUCAGGAAGACUGAGGUUCCUCCUCUGCUGCUGAUCCUUGACCGCAGCGAUGAUGCCAUUACUCCUCUGCUCAACCAGUGGACGUACCAGGCGAUGGUUCACGAGCUGCUCGGUCUGAACAACAACCGCAUCGACCUUUCCAGAGUGCCAGGGAUCAGCAAAGACCUGAGGGAGGUGGUCCUGUCUGCUGAGAACGACGAGUUCUACGCUAACAACCUGUACCUAAACUUUGGAGAAAUCGGCACCAACAUUAAAAACCUGAUGGAGGAUUUUCAGAAGAAAAGACCAAAAGGACAACAGAAGCUAGAGUCCAUCAGUGACAUGAAGGCGUUUGUAGAUAACUACCCUCAGUUUAAGAAGAUGUCGGGCACGGUCUCCAAACACGUGACGGUGGUCGGCGAGUUGUCUCGUUUGGUGUCGGAGCGCCAGCUGAUGGAGGUGUCAGAGGUGGAGCAGGAGCUGGCGUGUCAGAACGACCACUCCAACGCACAGCAGAGCGUGCGCCGGCUGCUACAGAACCCCCGUGUGGCAGAGCUGGACACCGUCCGGCUCGUCAUGCUCUACGCUCUGAGGUACGAGCGCCACAGCAGCAGCAUCCUCCCGUCUCUGAUGGACGAGCUGAGCAGGAGGGGCGUGUCCGAACGGCACAAAAGGAUGGUGAAGUCAGUGGUGGAGUACGGGGGCAAAAGAGUCAGAGGAAGUGACCUCAUCACGCCGACAGACGCUGUCGCCAUCACCAAACAGUUCUUCAAAGGUCUCUCUGGUGUGGAGAACGUGUACACGCAGCAUCAGCCUCUCCUUCAUGAUACUCUGGAUCAGCUGAUUAAAGGUCGUCUGAAGGACAGUCAGUUCCCAUACCUAGGAGCCAGCAGCCUCAGAGACAGGCCUCAGGACAUCAUCGUGUUUCUGAUUGGUGGAGCCACGUAUGAAGAAGCUCUAACUGUUUACAACCUGAACCGCAGCACACCAGGAGUCCGCAUCGUGCUGGGAGGAAGCAGCGUCCACAACACUAAGAGUUUCCUGGAGGAAGUGAUGUCAGCGACAGGUCAAAGCAGCGACAAAGCACAAGGAAGUGGUCGUCAGGGCGGCAGACACUGAUCAUCACUAAGAACACAAAAACAUAAAUCUGAAGAGUUUGCUGUAGACCGACCACAUUCCUGAGUCACUGCUGUCGUUUGUUUGUCUGAAGGAGAGUUGUCAUAAAUCUUUAAAUCUUUAUCUUUAAAACUGUUGAUUUGUGUGUUUCUUUCAUGUCUGACUGUUUUAAAUUAAAACUAUAAUGCUAAACUAAA